AGAGUGGCAGCUUCCAGACUCACAAUUUGAACAAUGGAGAACGGUAAGCCGGUCCCCGACAGCGUUUACCUCUAUGAUCCUGUAAAUUGGGCAUCUCCCAUGUUUGCAGCAUGGUUUAUGGUUGCAGGCAUCGCCCACCUUUGGCAAUGUAUUCACUACAAAGCCUUCAAAGUCACCGGGCUUCACCCUUUCUGUGCCUUGCUCUUCACAGUGGGUUUCGUGAUCCGCUCAUAUGAUGCAUUUCACUACGACAAAUUCGAAACGUACAUGGCUAGCACAAUCUUCAUUUACUGCGCCCCUCCUAUUCUUGAGCUAGCAAACUACCAUGUCCUUGGGCGCAUUCUAUACUAUGUCCCGUACUUCUCCCCUCUAAAUCCUGGCCGUACACUCACAACGUUCGGCACCAUAUCCAUGGUCGUGGAAGUCCUAAACGCGCUUGGCGUAUCUUACCUCGCAAACCCCAAUAUCGACGAAAGUUAUGUCAAGCUUGGGCAAGGCUUGAUGAAGGCGUCACUUAUCAUUCAAAUCGGUGUCAUUGUUCUCUUCUGUGUGAUCGCUGGCCUCUUCCACAGACGUUGUAUCAAAGCGGGCAUCACUUCCCGCAAGGUCCAAGGCCCACUACUCACAAUGUACAUUAGUAUGAUGUUGAUACUCGUCCGCACCAUCUACCGCGUUGUUGAGCACUUCGGCGCAAGCCGGGCUCCCGCAAACCCAGGGAAAGCCUUUGAUCCAAUGUCGCUCUCGCCAAUCAUACGGUACGAAUGGUUUUUCUGGGUUUUUGAGGCAAGCCUCAUGCUCAUCAAUACGGUUCUCUGGAACUACCGCCACCCACGCCGCUACCUGCCUCAAGACUACCAUGUUUAUCUAGCCCAGGACGGUCAGACCGAGCUGCAGGGUCUGGGAUGGAAGGACGACAUGCCAUGGUUUAUGACCUUCAUUGAUCCUUGCGGACUUACAGUAAGGCUUACGGGCAUUAGCAAAAAGAAGGAGAGGCCCUUCUGGGAGACGAAUGGGUUUGAGGGCUUACAGGCUACUGUAGAGAGCAGCCAAUGUGCUGGGCAGAAAGUCUAA